UUAUUUUGAAAAAAGAAAAAGAAAUCAGGGGAGAGAAAAGAAAUAUAUGCCUUCGUGUUAAGGACAUCGGAUCUGGCUCUGUUGAAAGUGGUCGUCCAAUGAAUUGAACCCCUUUCUCUGUCUGAGCAAGUAGGGUUACGAACAAAGAGAAGGGCGACUGAAGAAGCUGCAGUGGCUUGACACAAGCAGCUUUAACCAUGUUUUUUGGCAAUAACUCGAUUCAUAAAACCCACUACGACAUUCUUGGUGUGAAGGAAGAUGCAAGCUAUGAUGAAAUCCGUACAAGCUACCGGUCUGCAAUUCUUGAUUCCCAUCCAGAUAAGCUGCAAAAGGCAUCUGAGACUUCCAAUCCUGACCAUGAGCUGGGAGAUAGAUUUCUGGAGGUACAGAGAGCUUGGGAAAUCCUCAGCAAUUCAAGUUCUCGUGCAGUUUAUGAUAGUGAACUGAAAGCUUUGCAACAGGAUGCAGCAGCUGCAGAAGAUGUCAGCUUAGAGGAUAUAACGGUUGAAGAUGCCGGUGAAGUUUUGGAGCUCUUUUACCAGUGCCGAUGUGGUGAUUAUUUCUCUAUUGAUUCUUUGGAGAUGGGGGAGAUGGGGUUUUAUUUGUUGAGAGAUGGGAGUAAAAUCUUUUUACAGAAGUCAGAUGCUUUGCCGGCAUCAGUUGUACUUCCUUGUGGAUCUUGUUCUCUGAAAAUCCGUUUAUUGAUAAAUGCCGAUGCUAGGCUUCCAAUUGAUGAAGAGCUAUAACAUCUGAGAAGAUUUUUCCUUUUGCUGAUCAUCUGCCAUCCAUGAUAUUCUAUAUGGAUUAUAGAAACACUGGCGAUACGAGGCACAAAAAUGGAAAUAGAAAGUAAAGAGCAACGAAGCAGGAUAUGCCAUUUGCAUUAACUUUCACAAUUGACAGAUAAACGCAUUGAACUUAGGGUUCCAAAGGGGUUCCUCUUCCAUUCAACAUGAAUGAUCGAUUGGGGGAACUGGUGGUCGAUCAUCUGAGUUGGAAGAUAUUUUCACCUGCCAUUUUCGUUGUUUAUCCACUAGUUCAUUGUGUAUGGAGGCGCUUGUGCAGAGAGGCUACUAUUUCACAUUGCUCCAAGCAAUUUAAUUGAUUUAUGUAUUUCUGGAAUAGAGUGACUCGUUACAAUUGUUCCUUUUAAUGUUAGGGUCUAUAUUUAAAUUUACAGUUUCAUGAA